AGUUAGUCAAAUAUACGUUGUACCUAUAUCAUUAUAAUACCCGCAUGGGUUAGUUACAAAAUAUAAUGCAUCGUUGUCGAAGGACCAUAACAUUUUCACUCUCGUUCGUCGCUUGUUCUAUUGUAAAUUGUCCGUAAAACCAUAAUAAACUUCAAGGUCGUGGUUCAGUAGUGGGGGUACAGCUGAUGCAUUUUGCACCUUCAGUUGUCAACAUUUGAAGACACGAUUGAGUUCUCUUUACUGGAAACAAAAUGUGGUAAUUGAAAUUGAUAGUUUAAAAAAUGAAACUACGCCUUGUUGGAAUGUCUUGUACGGAAUGAUGUGUGUUUGUUCAGUUGUAAUGUGACAAUACCACAAAACGCAUUUAGUUCAGUUACCGUGUUAUGGUUCGAUUUUAAAGGACGCGCGGCUGUACCCAUGGAAUCCUUGAUUUUAGUGUUUUUAAAUAAAAACCAUAUUAAAUUCUAUUUCUAUAAUAAUUCUUGCUGUGUAAUAUAAAUGUCAUUUGUUGAUGAAAUAUUAGUUUCACUGUGUUAUUUGUUUUCUUUAUGUGUUUGAAACGAUUAUAAUAUGAAGAGUUUUUGUGCAAUUUUGACGAUCUUAUAUACACUUGGAUUGAUACAAAGUAGCAGCUCACAAUGCACGAACGGCCAGAAGUUAUCGUUCAUCCGCUGGUCUGGAGUGACCCCGGAGCGGACUGCGCCUGUCUUUAUGUACUCAGCAAGCGGCGAGGAGCAGUCAUUGGUCGGGGUCUGUCUGUCUCGAUGUAAAGAGUUGGAUGACUGCGCUGCGGUUGUGGUAGAGUAUGGAAAGGGCAGCUGCCAAGGCAUGAAUACUGCCACAGGAAAACUACACUUCGAUAAUGAUGUCGCCUACUUCAGCAAGAUAUGUUUGAAAUUGCCAAUGGAAUGCGAGCAUCGAUGGUGGGCGCUAGAAAGCACGCCUAGUUAUUAUCUGCAGUCCACUACCGCUGGGGAGACCAGGCUGAAUGUCACAGAGCAGCAGUGCUACGAAGCUUUACUUGCAGCAGACAAUAAUACAUACCGAUCAGCGCAAUGGAUUGUACCCGAAAGAAACUUUAUUAUGUUCGAAACAAUGACGAGCAACUUGGGCAACUGUAUUCUGAUCGUCGAGAACAAAUUCACUGAACCAGAGUCGUAUCGGGUCACCAAUUCUUACACAUAUUAUAUAGAAAAUCAAUGUGGACAUGACUAUCCACAAAGAAUAGACCGAUGUUCUUAUGAGGAAUAUUACAAUCAGACACUGAAGCAUAUUGAUUUUACGACAAACAAUGUCACCAAAGAUGAGUGUAAAACUGCAUGUGAAUUGGAGGAGCGCUUCGUUUGUCGUGGCUUCACAUGGGGCAUGCGGGGCGUGCGGGGAUUGCGGGAUGUGCGAGGUUCGCGGGACGGCCGCGGCCUCUGCGACUUGCACAGCGAGGACCUGGUGACGUCGGGUUCUUGGCUGCUGCGCCGCAACACUGAUGCUACGUACUACCGACGCGUCAUUUGCCUCAAUAUAAGCGUGGAGUGUCAAGACAGCAGUAUGCUGGUAACGUACAGGCCGCGCGGUGUGUUCCGCGGCCGCUUGUAUGUGCCCGGGCGCGGAGAGGCGUGCGGCGUGCGAGGGGAGGGCGCCGCGCCCGUGCGCCUCACCUUGCCUCUGAGCGGAGACUGCGAUGUCAACUACGCGUAUGCCAUCUCCAAUGGACCCGGAGGAGUCGUCAAUCGAACAAUGGCAUACGUGAUGGUGAUGAUCCAGAACAAUCCGAUCAUCCAAACGGCGGGUGACCGCUGGGUGCGUGUCGGUUGCUCGCCGGGCGGCGCACGCGCAUACACUAACGUCGACGCCACCGUCGCUGUUAAAGAUACGGGGAAGCCAUCACAAGCGAGUGAGUCGGGUGCAAGCGCGGUGUAUGCGAGUACAGCGCCUCUCAGUAUGUACGUGGUGCGUGCGCAAGACACGGCUCCCGCUCCCGCCGUCGCCCUCGGGGAAUUGUUGGAGCUGCGCAUUGAAACGACUGCGGAGACGGAGAUCGAAGCAUACCACCUGGUGGCAUCGUCCCGCCUGGGCGACAGCUCUGUGCUGUUGCUGGAUAGUAGGGGCUGCCCAACCGGACAGGUGGACUUCCCAGCGUUCAGUCGCACGUGGCACGGCGGUACGCAGCGGCUGACUGCGAACUUCAAGGCAUUCCGCUUCCCAAACUCACACGUCGUGCGAUUCGCGCUCAUGGUGCGCUUCUGUCAGCGCAAAUGUAAACCGGUAAUAUGCGGCUCGCAACAAAUCAGAACAUCGCGGCAAACGGAUCUAUCGAAGAACUGGAGCAAUAACACGGGAAUGCCGGCGGCGGUGCAAGAGGCCGUGUGGUGGGAGGCGCCGCGGGCAGGCGUGGUGGCGCAGGGCGGAGCACCCGCCUGCGUGGGCGCAGCACCCGGCAGAGUCCCACUUGAGUUGGAAAUGGUGGUGGGCUCGAGGGAUAUAAUAUCCGCUGAUACGCUGGUUAGAGCUGAUCAUCAGUCUGCACAGUCUGAGAAUGAGAGCGAGAAGUCGCUAGUAUGCGUCCAUGAGUUGCUGCUGGUGUCACUCGCGCUGACCUGGCUAGCCGUGCAGAUUCUCCUCCUCCUCGGCUGCUGCGUGCUCGUUAAGAGAUACCGCAACCUAGCAGAGAUGAGCAUGCAGAAAGACUACCACUCGUUCGACAACCUCGGCUUCGAGUCGAGCAGCACUCCGCGCCGCGUGCACUGGCCCGACCAGACCAUAGACAUACUGCACACCACUUAAGCUCUAUCUCCCAUAGACUACACAUUUUUUUUAAAAAACAACUGUGUAACUUAUAAUGCAGUAUAACAAUGAGCUGAACAAAAUUACUUUUUCCUCAAACCUAUCCAAUGA